AUCUGUCACUUCAAUCCACUAAUUUCUGACUGCAGCCCCCCGAGGAAGCCUGUUCUCCUAAAGGCGUGCAGAGAACGGGCGCCCCUCAGCAUGUGCAGAGGCCCCAACAAUGGAGCAUACGCAAAGUAGACCGAAGGAAAACUUCCCCGCCGGGCUGCGUGCGCCGCAGGAUCAGGCCCUUUCUCCCGGCAGGAGACCACCCAGACUCCCUCUCCAAUCAGAUUCCUCCUCGGGCUAUUAAAAUCCUCCCUCGGGACUAGCAGCCGAGAGGAGCAUUUGGUUGUGUGUGAAAUCCCUCGGAAAAUGCCUUUUUGGGCGCUGCUCCUCCUUUUGGGGGCGACCCUGGUCGGUCCCUCGGACGCCGCGGGGUCUUUUUGGGAAGUCACUUUGCCCACCUGCGACGAGCAGAGCCUCGCUUUCCUCCUGCUGCCCCAACCGAAGGUCUCCUCAUCUCUUAUAAGGCUGCUGGAUCCCAAAGGUAACCCCCAUCUUCUGAAGAACGACUCUACCUGUGGGACUUCUGCCUUCCCCAAUCCGGAUGGCUCUGUAGUGGUGAGGGUGGCCUUUGAUGGGUGUUACACCAGAGCGCAGGAUUCCCGCUACCGGACGACCGUCCACAUUGAAGGCCUGGCGGCGGAUGGACGGAUGACCUCCUACAAAGAGGAGCUGAGCUGCCCCGAACCUCUCCUAGCUCUGGAUACCCCGAGCGCCAGCCACUGCUCGUCUGUCCCGGCCCCCGACAGGCUCCCUUGCGGCCCCCACCAAGUGCAGCAGGCGGAGUGUGUGGGCCUGGGCUGCUGCUACAACCCGACAGAGAGGGGGGUGCCUUGCUAUUACGCCAAAAAAGUGACUGCCCGCUGCACCCCGGACGGCCACUUCUCCAUUGCGCUCUCCCGCCACGCCACACGCCCCCCCCUCCGCUUGGGCUCUGUGCGCCUGGCCAGCGGUCAGGGGGAGCGCUGCGCCCCGGCCUCCAGGAACAACGGCUUCGUCUUCUUCCAGUUCCCGCUGUCCGCCUGCGGGACCACCUUCAAGGAAUCCGGCAGCCGACAUGUGUAUGAGAAUGAGCUGGUGGCAGACAGGCAGCUCUUGGCAUCCCCGUCGGGCUCCAUCACCCGCGACAGCGACUUCAGGCUCACCGUCCGCUGCAGCUACUCUGCAGAGGAUUCUCUCCCGGUCGGCGUCCAGAUUGCCACUCCGCCUCCGCCAGCCGGGGUCGCCGAGCAAGGACCCCUAACGCUGGAGAUGAGGCUGGCUCGAGGUGCCACGUAUUCCUCCUAUUACUCCGGCCUGGACUACCCGGUGGUGAAGGUCCUGCGAGCCCCGGUCCAUGUCGAAGUGCGUCUCCUUGCCAGGACGGAUCCAGCCCUAGUCCUGGUCUUGCAUGACUGCUGGGCCACUCCCAGCACAAACCCCUUGCAGAAACCACAGUGGCUGCUGCUGGAGGAUGGGUGCCCCUACAAGGGAGACAACUACCGGACGCAGCUGGUGCCCAUCGGGGCCGACUCUGGGCUGCCCUUUCCAACGCACUACCAGCGCUUUGUGGUCAGCACUUUCACAUUUGUGGAUGGCGCUUCCCAGCAGGUGCUCUCUGGGCAGGUCUACUUCCACUGCAGCGCUUCUGCCUGCGCCCCAUCCGCCCUGGAGAGCUGCCGCAUUUCCUGCAACACAAAUCCUCUUGGCAGGAGUCGCAGAGCAUCGUCUGGGCAGCGCCGUCUCCCUGAGAAGUGGCUGACCCUGGUGACAUCAGACGGCCCUGUGAACUUCUUUCACAAGGACGCGGACACGGUCGUUCACGAAGACACUGAGAUCAUCUUCUGA